AUGAAAAAGAAAGAAGAACAACUUAGUGAAGCUGAUCUUCUGUAUAUGAAAACAUCAGGAAAACUCAUAGAACAUAAGGCACGGAUUAAAGAUCUUGAAGGUUUUCUUAAAUUGGAUCUUGCGGAUGAACAGCGGAAGUUGAAAAUCAAAUUUGGCAGAGGACUGCUACUUUAUGGACCACCUGGUACAGGUAAAUCCGAACUUUUAAAACGAGCUGCAGUGUUUGCUGGUAUUACUACAACAACAACUCCAUUAGCUGCUGGUGAACUUAAUCGGCCUCAUGUUGGUGAAACAGAAAAGUUACUUGUUGACAUCAUGUAUCGUUCAAAUCCUAUAUCCUAUCUGAUUUGUGCGAUGAUAAUCGAUGAGAUCGAUGGGCUUGUUCCUAAACGAGAUAAUAAUGCUCAACAAUCCAAAGUAGACGGUAUUAGUGUUCUUCUUUCACAUAUUGAAGGUGUGAAAAAUAUUCCAAAUUUGAUUGUACUUGGUGCUACGAAUCGUCGAAAUAUGAUGGAUGAAGCUUUUUUGCGUCGUAUGCAAGCGAAAUGUUUUGUUGGUCGACCAUCGCCGAAAAUUCGAGAAAAAAUGCUCCAACCAUUAAUAGUGAAAGAUCUGCAUACGUUCACGAGACGCCGCAUAGAUUUUCUUGUCAAGAUAACGACAAACUUUAGUGGUGCUGCUGUGGGUGCCCUAAAAUCGAGUAUUAUUGUUGCCUUGGAUCAAGGUCAAACACUAAAUCGGGAUGCUAAAAGCAGUUUACAGACUUCACAAGCCCAAACGAGCCCACCGAAUCUUCAAUCGACGCUCGCGACUAGCGUUCCUUCCGUUGAAUCGAGUGCAAUUAGUAAUUAUGAACUACUUAUACUAGCCGACGGUGCAGCACGUGAAUUUAGCUGUUGGUUCGGUAUUGGAACGCUGCCCGGUAUCUUUCGGCUUUAUCCGAAUAUGUGUUCGAGCUCUGAUCAAGAAAAAUACUCACUUGCAUUGCCUAAUCAUGUUCCAUCUGGUCGAAUUCUUGUCAAUUUAAACGAACAGAAAUGUAUUGUUGAACUAGCCGGAGACGAUUUGUCGCUUGAAUACGAAUUAGAAAAACAAGAAACAUGUACAUUAACACUUCUGUCCCGUUUUAUUAAUGGAUGCUCGAGUCGAAAUAUUGAUACAAUACAGAUAAUUGAUUUGAAUUUUCUCACAAAGAAUAAUGCAUUUGAAGAGAAUCAAAUCUUUGAAUUAUUGACGACAACAUUUCUCGAAUGCGAGGAAUAUAAUCGUUCGAUGCUCAUUUUCGACAUUGACUCUCUUAUUAUGCUUAAUAUAUCCGAUUCAAACAUGUCGCAAUCAACAUCGAUCUCCAACAUUCGUUUAUAUCAAUACAUUCGAGAGAAAUGCAAGACGGCGGUCGUCGAAACAAAACCACCAGAGAAUACCGUGAGUAUAUGUUACUAA